AUGAAGAAGAUGUCUGUCAAGCUGACCGAGAUGGGCAUCAAGCUCCCCAUUCCCGAAGCCCUCGCCUUCUCCGAUAUUGACCACGGCCUCCACGCUCCUCAUUUCCCCUGGGACUUCAACGCCUGGUGGACCACCUAUGACCACGCCGCCAUCCGCCGUGGCUACCAGGUCUACAAGGAAAUCUGCCAGGCCUGCCACUCCAUGGACCGUAUUCACUUCCGUAACCUCGUUGGUGUUUCUCACACCGAGGCCGAGGCUAAGGCCAUGGCUGCCGAGAACACUUACAUCGACGGCCCUAACGACAAGGGCGAGAUGUUCGAACGUCCUGGAAAGCUCACUGACCACAUGCCCAAGCCCUACCCCAACGAGGAGGCUGCCCGUGCCGCCAACGGCGGUGCCUACCCCCCUGAUCUGUCUUGCAUCGUCAAGGCCAGACACGGUGACGCCGACUACAUCUUCUCGCUCCUCACCGGCUACUGCGAUCCCCCGGAGGGCAUCAACCUCCGUGAAGGCCUCCACUUCAACCCCUACUUCCCCGGUGGCGCCAUCGGUAUGGCUCGCUCCCUCUACGAUGAGGUCGUCGACUACGAGGACGGCACCCCCAACAACGCCUCACAGCUGGCCAAGGACGUCACCACCUUCCUCUCCUGGGCUUCUUACCCUGAGCAUGACGAGCGCAAAAAGAUGGGCUUGAAGGCUCUCACCAUCUCUGCUAUUCUCUUCGGAUUGAGUGUCCACUGGAAGAGAUUCAAGUGGAGCUACCUCAAGUCCAGGAAGAUUGUGUACGUAACCCGGGAACUUCAUCGGCUCUGUCUCUGCUGA